GGCCCCGAUAGGUUCCGAUACAAAUCGCCCCCGAUAUCGAAGAACAAUUGACACCGAUGGUAUAUCGUUUGAAAACGCAAAAAGUGCACAAAACCCGCUGCUUUUCGGUGCAGUUAGUGAAGCCGUUUCCUGAAAACUUGUGGCGCCAACUGCGACGCAAACACGCAAAAAACCAAGACAAAUAGGAGCUAUUAAAGCUUGACACAGAAGGACAUGUCCAACUCGGAGAAGAUGCAGGGCCAGGAGCACGACGACGAGCAGUCCUCCGACAUAGAGGAUUCCGGCGAUAAUGUGGGCCGUGAUGACGGCACCGACGAUGACGACGACAGCAACGGCAACAUGCAGCAGGAGGAUGGGGAUGGUGAUGGAGAUGGGGAUGGAGAUGGGGAUGGCGAUGGUGACGGUGAUGGCGACAACGAUGGCGACGGCCAGGAGCAUUCUGGCGACGAGGAGCAACACCACGGCCAGGGCAACGAGGGCGACAAUGGCUCCUCAGGACAGCAGCAACAGAUGCAGCAAGUGGACCGCACCAGCGCCACCAAUCUGAUCAUCAACUACUUGCCGCAGGACAUGACCGACCGCGAGCUGUACAACCUCUUCAGUGGCUGCGGGCCCAUCAACACCUGCAAGAUAAUGCGCGACUUCAAGACCGGAUAUAGCUUCGGUUACGGCUUCGUGGACUACAAAACGGAGUCGGACUCGGAGGACGCCAUCCAGAAGCUUAAUGGCUUCUAUGUGCGCAACAAGCGACUAAAGGUGUCGUAUGCCCGACCCGGUGGGCAGUCCAUCAAGGAUACGAAUUUGUACGUCAUAAACCUGUCGCGGAACAUCAACGACGACAUGCUCGACCGCAUCUUCUCGCCGUACGGCCUGAUUGUCCAGCGAAACAUCCUGCGGGACAAGCUCACUGGACGACCGCGCGGCGUCGCUUUUGUGCGUUACAAUAAGCGUGAGGAGGCGCAGGAGGCGAUCAAGGCGCUGAACAACACGGUGCCGGAGGGCGGAUCCCAGCCAAUCUGGGUGCGCCUUGCGGAGGAACACGGCAAGGCCAAGGCGGCCCAGUUUAUGGCCCAGAUCGGAGGUGGCAAUGGUGGCGGAGGCGGUGGUCCGCCGCACAUGGGACCAGGUGGACCGAUGCACCCGCCGCAUCACCACAAUAAUCACCAUCACAACAACCACCAUAAUCCGCAUAUGCCGCCGCAUCAUCAUCAGCCACAGCAUCCACACCAGCAUCCGCAACACCAUCCGCCGCUGCACCACAUGCAGCACCACCAUCCCAACAACCACAACAACAAUCACCCCAACAACCACCAUCAUAACAACAACAACAACCACCACAACAUGGGCGGCCCGCAUCCGCACCACAUGCAGCAAAUGCACCCGAUGGGCAUGAACAUGGGCAUGGGCGUCAACAUGGGUAUGGGCAUGGGCAUGGGCAUGCCCAUCCACGGAGGCGGCGGUGGUGGUGGCGGCGGCGGCGGCGGCGGUGGCGGUGGAGGCGGUGGUGGUGGCUUCCACCACAUGGCGCACAGAGGUAGAUCAAAUAGAACAACACGAUCUCAAAAACCGCAUCCAUAUAACCAUGCACAGAAAUUUAUUUAAACGCCAUUAAUUUCUUUACACGAUAUUAGCUGCAUCUCACAGGUGAAGUGUUCAUGCUGCCAUUGCCGAUUUGCAGCCGAUUCCCCAGCCAGCCGCAUCCCGUAGGCAAUGGCACUUGCCACAGCCCCAACAAGAGCAACGAGAGCAACUGCAGCAGCAGCUUCAGUUUGAGCCGCCGCCCGUAAGCCUCCAGAAUAACCAUCAGAUAUAUUCCGCAUUCGAUGGUAGAUCCCGAUCCCACUCCGACUACCUAGUGCCGCUCUACUUCCCAGUCGCCAACCAUCCAUCGGCCGUUUCCCUCUCUCCGCCAGCCACGUCCAAUUCGUCGAUUUCGGCCUUCCCAGCUGUGUUGGCCGUGUACGUUCCAGUAUACGGCACGGUUUCCAUCUCUGUUCCUGUUCCCAUGGACAUAGCCAGUCCACAAGCUCAAUGGGAGUGGAGCGUGCAUGAGUUUCAAUAACCAGAAGGAGGAGGUCAACUCAUUUACUACCCGAUAAAAGGCCAACGGUGAGUUGUGUGCCAAUGGACUGGAUGAGGUGGGCUAAAGAGCAGCGCAUCGCUGGCAGACGGAGGCGACGAAGAAGUCGGGGCGAUGGCGGAGGGCGGAUGCGUAGGCAGUGGUAGCAGUGGCAGCGAGCAGAAUUAUAUCCAGUGGAAUCGGAGGAGGGAAGGAGAUAUAACCGAGAAGCAAUACCCAAUAGUAGCCAACUCUCUCGCUCUCUCUGCGUCUCUCUAUGUGUAUGUAUGUAUUUCGUUAUCCAUAUAUGUAUAUCCAUGUCAGAGAGCCAGGAUCGGUUGAGACCAUACUAUAUCUAUAUAACGCGAAACCAUACUGGCCAGGAAUAGCAAAUCCAAGCAUUGGCAGCAGGAGGCAAACAAAAGUACCGAAAGAACACUAUCACAGAAUUAAGCAAAGCAAAGUUGAUGAUGCAUAGCGUGUAUUAAGAUGUAAGAAAUAAUGUUCCAAAGCAAACCAGCCCACACAAUCCCCAACAACACACACAAACACACACACACAUAAAGACGGUCGGAGUCGAAUCCUUGAUAAACGAUUUGAUAAGUUCGCGGUAACGAUAAGAUGUAAGCAAAUGAGAAAAAAUUCCAAUUAAUUUGUAUGAGCAGCAUACAAAGCUCCAAACGCAAACGCAAACCACUAGCAACUCAAUACGAGACGAGCACGCAAACCAAACUCAAAUGCAACUUCCCUGCAGUCCCAGUUCUCGUUCCAGAUGGAUUGGGCAUCGCAGAUGGGUUGAGAUAAAUUGAGUAACUGCACGGUACUAAUAAUUCCGGCCGGACACUGUGAGACGGACGGAACGGACGAGGAUUUAGGGAGACAGACCUUACAGACCUUGACAACGGACAGAAGACGCUUGCUCCGAGUAGAUGGUUAAUUUGUAGACUUUUAAGGAACGUCAACACAACAAGGGUUCGUUCGCGGCACUUGCUUUUUAUUACAUUAUAUAUAAAUAAAUUAUUGAUGUACUACCAACAACCCAAGAACACCACACUAUACAAACACCUAUAUAUUAGAUAAUAUAUAUGAAUGUAUAAACACCCGAACCGAAUUGCCGUAAACCUCCAAGAAAAACAUAAAAAACAAAAACAAAAAAACCCGACAAAAAGAUGGCUGAAUAUAAAAUAAACUUGAAAUUUUCCAACCAGCAUACCCGUGGGACCCAGUGGUCCCAAAUUUUUUUUUUAGUAUUGAUAAUCUCUAAACGUAAAUCCUAGUCUCGUAGCAUUAUCAUAGUUAAGGUGACUUUUUUUUCAGAAUAAACUUAACGCGCGAAAGAAAUACAUGUAUUUAAAACUAAA